UGACACAUGUCUUUUCAGAUUCCACAACGAUCCUUUUGUUGUCGUGAUCACCUCCCCGCACUCACUUUCUCGUGCCCCAUCUUUAUCUUUUAAGAUACAUUUGUAUUUUUGUUCACUUUGUUCAAUGUAAUAUUUAAGAUUAUCCAUUUUUCUUUCAAUGGAGCUUAACUAUUCUUAAUGCUGCGUUCACACCGAACGCGUCUGGGGCGUCAAAUUCGCGCCAGACGCGUCUAGUUGGACGCUUGAACAUUUUGAAGUCAGACGCUUCAGACGCGCGUAAAAUUCACUCAAUUCGCGCGUCUAAACAAAGUGUGUUCAGACGCAAAUUCGCGUCAUGGGAGGAGCUUCUGCCUGGCGCGGUACUGUACCUUGCUUGAUAAUGGCGGAUAUGGAUGUUGCUGAGAGAGUAGGUUGUAUUUAUUCACUUCGUAAAGCCCAUCAGCGGCAUUGGCGGGCUCGCCAUGUCUGGGUUCAUGAGAUUGUCCAGAGACGCUCCCAGUUUGGUGAGUUUCACCAUUUACUCCAAGGAGCUGCGUCUGGAUGACGGCCACUUUCAGUGGUACUUCCGUCUGUCUCGGUCCCAGUUUGAUGACCUGUUGGCCCGCAUUGGUGCGCGGAUUUUGUACCAGGACACCAACUUCAGGCGCUCAAUUCCAGCUGCAGAGCGCCUGGAGCAAACAAAUCUCAGCAUAUGGUAAAGUAAAACAUUAAGCAUUAGUCCUUUAUAAUUAUUAAUUAGUACUAUAUAAGUACAAGUACAUUUAUAGUAUUUAUAACUGUUUUUUCAGGUUUCUCGCCACUGGGGACUCAUUCAGGACCAGGUUGGUGUCUCCACAGUCUGCAGCAUCAUCCCCGACGUGGUCACUGCCAUCUGGGACUGCCUGGUGGGGGAGUUUAUGGCUGUGCCCUCCACAGAUGACUGGAGGUCCAUUGCGGAGGACUUCCAUCAGCGGUGGAACUUCCCGCUCUGCGGUGGAGCACUGGACGGCAAACACGUUGUUCUAAAGGCACCCCCCAACUCAGGAUCCCAGUUCCACAACUAUAAGGGAACCUUUUCUAUAGUUCUCCUUGCGGUUGUGGAUGCACACAGUCGCUUCCGGGUGAUUGAUGUCGGGGGAUACGGCAGGACGAGCGAUGGUGGGAUACUGGCCAACUCCGCCUUUGGUCAGGCGCUUCGUAGUGGCACACUCCAUCUGCCACCUGACCAUCCAAUACCCGGAGUGGACCAUAGAGGACCCCAGCCCCAUGUCUUUGUAGCAGAUGCGGCCUUCCCGCUGCGAAGAAACCUGAUGCGUCCAUUCCCUGGGCGUGUCCUUCCCAGAGAGAAGCGCAUCCUCAACUACCGCCUCUCCCGAGCCCGGCUGGUGGUGGAGGAUGCCUUUGGGAUGCUGUCUGCGCAGUGGAGGCUGUACCGCCGCCUGAUUGAGGUCCACCCUGAAGUUGCGGAGAAAUGUGUGAAGGCGACAUGUGUUCUCCACAAUUUUAUGAGGUCCUCAGCAGCGAGACAGGCACCUGCAGUGAGGGAGGUUGUGGCCACCGGAGAGGAGCCGCUGCCAGGUCUGGGACGGGUUGCAGCCAAUAACUCCUCCAGAGAGGCACUCCGAGUGAGAGACACCUUUAUGGCCCACUUUUCUGCGGAAGGAGCAGUCUCAUGGCAGCCCACUGAAUAAUUUUUUCUGUCAUGUCCUCCCAAGGACUGACCCACAACGGCUCUUUUAAGAGCCACCCACAAAACUACAAAGAGCUUGACUAUAUAUAGUUAUAUCUCUUUUAUAAACAUACCUUGUAUUAUAAUGUGUUAUUCUCUUGUGUUUUCCCUGUUUGCAGGUAAUGGCUGCACCUCAACUCACUUGCACUUAUCAGGAGGUUCUAAAGUGACUCUGAUGUUGCCUCGGUUCCAGGCUUCGUCAGCUCCAUCACAACAUGCACAUUUUUUUAUUUCCUGAGUCAUAACUGUCACAUAACACUAACGUUUGCUGAGUUUGUUUUCCACAACAGUUGAUAAGGUGAAGUGAUUAAAACAUGAUAAAUAGUAAAACUUUAAAUAAUUUUUUGCACAGGUCUGUUUAAAAAGAAACAAUUAUUUGUU